UUGCGAACUGGCAAAAUGUCUUUUCCAGGUUCUUCAUUGGUUGAAGACGACGCCAGGGAAAAUAUGGCCUCAGAACACAUCACGGCCAGUUACACAGACAUGUUUCUGGAUCAUGAGGUCUCCUACGAAUGUCGCUCCACCAACCCCAGUACGGGUUGUGCCUUUGCGUGCCGCCGCAGCCCCCGACUCCUUAUGAAUGGCUACUACAUCCUCACAGAGGACAGUGUCCUGUCUGAUGAAGACGGCAACAUUACACUGAGCCUGUCACAGACAAGCAUUACCUACAAAGAGAAAUUAAUUAGAAUAUUCCGGAGAAGGAAGCGAAUCCGCAGAUCCCUUGCUAGCCUGUUCAGUCUUAGUGCCUCUGGUUCAUGGAUGAACAGCACCACUUGUAGUGAUAUAAAUGCACAUUUUGUGGACGAUUCCUGGCUGGAAAGAGACAGCGAGAUGGAUGCCAGUCAACACGGCAACAAUGGCCUUUGA